AGCAACAACACAUCUGCUGAGCUCACAUGAGAUGCAUGUAUAUGUCCUGCACUGAUGUGGGGAUCCGCUCUGCUCCCAACGAUGCAUGUGUGGCUGCUGUCCCUUUAAGAGAGAGACCCCCAGAACUGGGUGCUGUGCCAGGCAAUAGGGACCAUCUCUGCUCUUGCUGUAGUAGUGAAGGCAGAGACCUGAGACAGGGGAAGGCAGAGACCUGAGACAGAGGAAGGCACAGAGCUGAUGCAGGGGAAGGAAUACUCAGCCAGUAACAUCCUACAGUCUCUCUGGCUGCACUGGAGAAGCAGCAGCACAACAUCAUUCUCUGGAUUACAUUGGAUUUAAACUCCUGCUCACCCCCAGGAUACAAGUGCACCCCCAGUCUACAGCCGCCCCAGGACCCCCUGUCUCACACCCAUAUAUCAGCCAUACUCUGGGGAGUCCUCCUGAAUAUACCAGCACCCCCACUUAUUCUUCUCACACCUCAGAUUCUCCUCAGGGGACCCCACUUGCAAUCUAGGAGCCCAAGUCUUGUGUUUAACCCAUGGAUGUCCCCAGCUUGUGAAAGCCCUGCAGGAGCCCCUCUAAACUUGUCAGUAAGGGGAAGGGGCAGAAGCCCUCCCAGAAUCUGGGGCUGAAGUUUUGCAGCACUGAGAGGGGGGAGAGCUUGGCUGCGAUCAAACUUCAGCUGAUCCGGUCGGAUUUGGAGGCUCCGCGCUCACAUUCAAAAGGAGGAUGUGUAUAACCCGCGGAACCGAGGGGGGAUGUGUAUAACCCGCGGAACCCAUCUGAGAGUGUCACACACCUGCGGGGAGAUUGGGCACAGCAGACCCCGGAGCUAGAACCUCAGCCGCUCCCGCAUCGUCCUCUGCCACCCGCGGAAUUGUCGCCAUGAGACCGCUUAGAGUUCUCGCUUGCGUCCUGCUGCUGCUGGUCUGCGCUGCCGGCGGCAGUCAGCGAAGCGGCAGAAAGAAAACGGCAUCAGAAGUCGCAGCGAGCAACAAACAGAAAUCAAAAGAGAGAACAUCAGCAGCCACAUCGACCAGCAGAGACUGCCUACAAGCAGGAGAGGCCUGUACCAGUAACCCCAGUUGCAGUUUCAAUUUCAGAAAGCUGCGCCAGUGUAUAGCAGGGAAUGGCGCUAACAAGCUGGGCCAGAACGCCAAGAACCAGUGCCGACGCACAGUGACGGAGCUUCUCUCCAGCCAACUGCAUGGCUGCAAAUGCAAACGCGGCAUGAAGAAAGAGAAGAACUGCUUGAACAUAUACUGGAGCGUCCAUCACACCCUCGUGGAAGGGGUUAAUGUGUUGGAGAGCUCCCCGUAUGAGCCAUUCGUCAGAAGAUUCGACUAUGUGAGGCUGGCGUCCAUCACAGCAGGUUCUGAGAAUGAAGUCACCCAAGUCAACCGCUGCCUGGAUGCCGCCAAGGCGUGUAACGUCGAUGAGACUUGCCAGAAGCUACGGACCGGCUACGUCUCGUCGUGCAUUCGCCACGUGUCACGGACUGAGCAGUGCAACCGAUCCAAGUGCCACAAGGCCCUGAGGAAGUUCUUUGACCGUGUGCCUGCGGAAUACACCAAUGAGCUCCUCUUUUGCCCCUGCGAGGACACGGCUUGCGCAGAGCGGAGGCGCCAAACCAUCGUCCCCACCUGCUCCUAUGAAGCCAAGGAGAAACCAAACUGUCUGACACCACUUGAGGCCUGCAAAGGGAAUCACAUCUGCAGGUCCCGCUUUGCUGAAUUCCAGUUCAACUGCCAUCCGUCUCAAAAGUCUGCAACUGGGUGUGCCCGGGAGAGUUAUGCAGCCUGUCUGCUGGCGUACACAGGAAUUAUAGGUAGCGCCAUCACGCCCAAUUAUGUUGACAACUCCUCCUCCAGCGUUUCCCCUUUGUGCACUUGUAAUACGAGCGGCAACCGUCAAGAAGAGUGUGAGAACUUCCUCCACCUUUUCACAAAUAACAUCUGUCUCCAAAAUGCUAUUUACGCCUUUGGCAAUGGGACAAACUUGAAUCCAGUGUUAAGUCCCUCUGUUGCCUCAAUAACACCAGCGUUUACAGAAGAGGUGCAUAAAAACAGUUCCAUCUCCGUGCUAGAAGAGAGCAUCUUUGUCCAGCUUCAGUCAACCAAGGUUUCCAGGGAGGAGCCUUUUUUGCAUGGAUCCAAUCAAAUAAAGUCAGAGGUCUCCCAUUCUCUGGCUCUUUCCCCUUUCUACCCCUUGGCCGGAGUUGGAAGCUGCCUUCUCGUUUCCCUAUUCCUUCAGACUUUUGUGUGAAAGGGAAGGGUUAUACCACCUUGUGCUCUCAGAACAUGGUUUAUAGGAGGAACAUUUCCUUUAUUUUUCCUUUCUCCUUUCAUUUAGGUUAGGUCACAUUAACCUUCAAUGCCUUCUCUUUCUUUUCGUGUAUAUGAAAAAAUUUAUUGUUUUUUUUUGCAUUAAUCACAAAUUCUACAAGUUUCCAAUGUGACUUUGGGACACGUUUUAAAUUGAGGCCAUGUGACUUGACCUUAAGUCUUUUGAUUGUCUAGAACAAUGGUGCCCUGUUUUUUGCAGAGGCACCAAUGGAGAAUGGACAGCACCCAACGCCAAGACCCAGCACUCGGAACUGCACAAGAGCUGAUCCCAUAAUAAACCCAAUCGGAUCACAUUUGAUUUAUUUGACACUAGUAUGUAGAUAAACGCAUACAACAAUGCAAUGAAUCCCGCUCUUAUUUUCUUCUUUUCUUUGGGGAAACAGAAAGUCUAUGUGAAUUUGAUGUUAUCGUUUCCUUCAUUUGAAUGACAAAAGAACAAGGAACCGUUGCCAUGGCGCAGUUUCUUUUUUUUUUUAGACUUUCCGUUAUUUUCCGAAACAUGGAAAGUGCUUGUGUGAUUCAAAGUGAAAGUCAGCCCCUCUCUCCUGUGGGUCCUCAGACGAUUUCUACAUGUUAAUAACCCAGAAGAUCUGGAUUUGAUAUAAGCCGAUCCUCUUGGUUCCUCUCGGCUUUUCAAAAGUCAAUGAACGUUUUUCUGACAACAAUUUCUUCUCUAACAGAAAUAGGUAAAGGACCAACAUGGCGUAUGAUUUUUAAUCUAGGGAAUGUUUUUUUUGGUUUUGUUUUUUUCCUCCUUCACCCCGGACAAUGAUAUUAAAUUGUAUUAUAUACACAACACAGGGGCGUGACGUUAUUUUUAAGCCGGAGAUGAAGUAAAUAUAAAGAAAAUCACUUUGUCCAGUGUGUGUGUGUGUGGUGAGAUACAAUAUUCCGGCUCUUGGAGUACUGUAUGUAUUGAGAUUCACAAAUGUGCUUAUUUUUUCUAAUUCAAUAUUCAAUGCGAAAUGUAAACAGUGCAGCAACCCCGGCGAGAAGACUCUCUACAGCCUGUCUUGUUUACAGCAACAAAUAAAACUGCGUUAUAGAAAAAAAA